ACAUAACCUCUAUUGCAUUUGCAGUGUACUUUAUUUAGAUUAAUUAUAAUAAAAACCACUAGUUCUUAGACUACCUGGAACUGUUAUAAAAAAUUAAAAAUGUUUAAUUUUUCUAUUUUAAGACAAUUCUCAAGAUUGUCGAUAUGCCCUGCGGCUAAGGUACAACUAACUCGAAAUAUUUACACGACAACAGCCAUUCAAUUCAAAGUAACUGAUUAUUUAUGUGCGGAACCAAUGAAGAAAAAGAAAAAAAUCGAUCCAGCCAUAGUCAAGGCGCGUGAAGAACGUCGCCGUAAAAAAAUUGAAAAGCAGAUCCGGAGGCUUGAGAAGAAUGCAAGACAGCUCAAACCAAUAGACGAGUUGGAAGUGCCAUUACAUCUCAUGGAUCAGAUAAAAAAGAGAAAGCGCCCAGAGCCAAAAUUAUCAGCAGAAGAAAUAGAAGCUCGAGCUCUGCUUCAAAAGGACUGGGCCAGGUACAAACGUGAGGAGUACAUUGCCACAGUUGCUCAAAUUGAUAGGAUCAUGGCAUCUCAACGGAGGGCCCUGGAUAAGCUGUAUGAAGUCUCUGAGGACUUGUAUGAUGAAGCAAUUAUGCCUGAUCUGCAGCUCAUACCGUACUCAGUGAAGGGGCCCGUGGCGACCCCGCCUAUCAAGGGAUACGACUCUCCCGACGGCGAGUACAUCGACGUGUCUAAAAAAUGGGAUAAUUAGUGGAAAUGUUGUAAUUUAUUGUUAGAUGUUAAUAAAAAU